GAGUGUUCCUGAUUUCUGAUCCUCCCCAGAAUAUGACCCCAUAAUCAAAGGUACCUUUAUGCUCCCCUAUGAUCAAAUGCAUUCUCAAACCAAAAGUGGGAAAUAUUUCUUGCCAAUUCAAAAGGAAGAUGCAAUGCAAGCAAGCAUAUAUAGAUAAUCUCAUUCCAAGUUUGAUCCAUCACAUAACAUCAACACCAUGAAGGAGGAGAUAGAGGAACUAUGGAGUGAAGUGAGGGAACUGAGCUUGGGAAACAGUGGUAGAGUAGAAAGACUAGAAUCCCCACCAACCUCACUCCAAUUCCUCAGAAACUUCAUCAACCCAAACAAACCCUGCAUCAUCUCCAACGCCAUCACCCACUGGCCAGCACUCUCUUCCUGGACCCACCCCUCCUACCUCUCCCAAACCCUCUCCUCCUCCACCGUCUCCCUCCACCUCACCCCCACCGGCGCCGCCGACGCCCUCGCUCCCCACCCCUCCACCUCCCUCUGCUUCGCCUCUGCUCACGUGCAGCACGUGCCCUUCACCGACGCCCUCAACCUCAUCUCCUCCUCCCACCCCUCCAAGUUUGUGGCCUACGCCCAGCAGCAGAACGAUUGCUUUCGCUCUGAAUACUCUUCCCUCGCCGGUGACUGUGACCCCCAUAUCGGUUGGGCCACCGAAGCUUUCGGCGCCCAGCCGGAAGCUGUUAACCUCUGGAUUGGUACACAACAGUCUCAAACCUCCUUCCACAAGGAUCACUAUGAGAAUCUCUACGCUGUUGUCACUGGAGAGAAGCACUUCCUGCUGUUGCCACCCACUGAUGUUCAUCGAUUGUACAUUCGUGAUUACCCUGCUGCAACCUACAAAUAUUCUUGGGAUACUGGAGAGUUUGAUUUGGAGCUUGAGAAGCCAACUAGAUAUGUGCCUUGGUGCAGUGUGGAUCCUUACCCUUCUCGAGAGACCUUGGAUGAUGAGAUUUCCAAGUUUCCCUUGUACUUCAAUGGCCCUCGGCCGUUUGAGUGCACUGUGAAGGCCGGCGAAGUUCUCUACUUGCCAAGUAUGUGGUUCCAUCAUGUUAGACAGGGUUCAGAUGAUGGAGGAUUGACAAUUGCAGUAAAUUAUUGGUAUGAUAUGCAGUUUGACAUAAAGUAUGCUUAUUUCAACUUCUUACAAUCUAUUCAUUACCGUUCUCCUCCAAGUCCAUUGAUGCAUGAGAAAUUGUCUGAGGAGAUAGAUACAGGUGCAGAAGAUGAUUAUGACACUAGAUGAAUUCUCAUUUCUCAGCUGGUGAUAUUUUACAGUAUUGAAGACCAAAAGUCAAGACUUGUUGAGCAAACUGUUCAUGUCUAGAGCUAACAAUUUUGUCCUUCUGUUGUAUCAUAUGAUGAUGAGUUUGGUCUCGUGUUUGGUAUACCAAAUUAAGAAAUGUGAUGAUUAUUUUUUUUC